CUUGCCCUAGGUAAACAAUAUAAAACUUUGAAGGCCACACUCCAACUAGACAGCCGUCUCCUUCAGUGGCCAUCAAUAUAUUACCGUCUUUUCUUACGUCGUGUUUACUUCUCGUCGGUUAAUACGUUGUCCUUUGUAAACAGAAGUAGUGGGGUGACAUGAACUAUUUCCAAGGAUUAGCAUGUCUCUCGCUGGCCACUUUUUUUGCCCUACUGACUGGCGUCAACUACUUGCCAAAGUUAAUCGAGUUCGUGUACAGCCCUCCUGCCAACUUGGUCUUCAAAGCCAAUCCAACUUUAUUCAGUGUGAACCAAAACUAUUUCAAAGACUUUGAAGGAUUUGAUAACGAGACCGGUGCCAAUAAUUUUAUCGUACCCAAUAUUAUCCACUACAUUCGUCUCAAUAAGAAAAGUUGGUCGUUUGUGGAGUACAUUUGCUUACGAUCGGCUUACGUCAAUCAACGGCCCGACUUCAUUUUUAUCCACACCAACAUCUUGGAUGGUUUCAAAGGGAAAUACUGGAAAUGGAUCCAAGAAGAAUCUGAUUUAAAAUUGCGUUUGAUUGUAGUACCCGUUCAAUUGCCAUCCGAGAUCUUUGGUCACAAACUGAAUCCUCUAUGGAGGAUCCAUCACGGGUCUGACUUGAUCCGCAUUCAGACAUUAAUGAAGUAUGGCGGAAUCUUCUUAGAUAACGAUGUCUACGUCGUUCGUAAUCUGGAUAAAUACCGCAAAUUCGAAAUGACUUUAGGCUGGCCCAGGAAUGAAUCCCUUGGCACAAUGGUUCUUUUGGCUAAUAAGAAUGCCCGUUUCCUACCCCUUUGGCUGGACAAUUACCGAGAUUACAAAGCGGAUCAAUGGUAUUACAAUGCUGGAGAUAACCCGACUGCAACCGUGUUAAUGAAACAUCCGGAACUGGUCCAUCGAGAACCCAAACGACUGGGAGUUCAUUUUAUGUUGCGUGAAAUGUUCCAGGAAACGAAGAAUUUUCCGUGGCACGAAAAACUGGACACCGUUCAUCUGCUCAUCAAUCAUCGAAGUUAUCUCGACAUGUUCUACAAAGAUUAUCGCUAUUUCAACGAACGAAAUAUCAUGCAUUAUCCAUUCAAUUUCGGCGAAAUGGCUCGGCUUGUUUUGAACCGCCAACCGGUUGGAAACUACACAGUAUCAAUCCAGUAGUAAUGCCUGUUUAUUCCGCACGCAUUUUGUUUCAUCACGUACGUAACAUCAUUAAUCAAAAAGGGUUUUUAAUUUUUUUUUAACUGAUGCUUAGCUUUAAUUUGUUAUUUUGUUUGAAGCUAUAUUCUGCAAUUACGGCCGGAAUGUUUCAAACUGUUUUUUUUUUUGUAAGCUGCAUGUAGUUACGCACGUUUAUAAAAUCACGGAGACUCUUAAAAACAAUUCAAUAUUCAGUGUUCUAAAAAAGACAAUAGUCAUAUUCACAGGUGCAAUACAGACAAGCUUACGUAACGUCGCUAGAAUCUGCAUUGCGUGUAAACUUCUUGU